AGGACCUGAAACAUGACAAAAUAGCACAACCCGGCAUAAAAUAGGCCAAAAACACACAACUAUGCCCCUCAAACGGAUAAGAACUAGGGGCGCAAAUACGUGCAAUUACAUCAUUAUCACUCACCAAGCUCAACGAUCUAGUGGGUGUUAAUUGCAAGACGAUGUACACCCGCCUAGCUCAGCCUGGCCAGCGUCCCUUCGUUGCAGGUGGAUGAAGGCCAGCACCCUGCAGCUCGAUAACCGUAUUCUCCACCACAUGCUGGCGAAGUCCUACACUCCAGCUGGGGACAGUGCCAGCACCCCUCACCAAGAGAUCCAUGUACUUCAUCUAGUCCAUCCGCACGGUGGACCAUCCUCUCCACCUGGGUUCUGUGGUGGCCGGGACCCUGGACAAGAGUGCUACACAACUGGGGAAAGUCCACUGCACUCCCUUCAUCACCCGCCUGGCCACCUACUUCCAGAUCCCACUGCAGGGUUGCACAGAGUAGGGGGCACUAGUGUUUUCAGAGAAGACACGAUCAAGAAUAUGCACCUACUGCGAGUCGAGCGUGGCGUCAAUUGGAUCGAGGGGUUUCCUGCUCCUCAAAUCCCAGCGGAGGACUAGCCGGAUGUUCCUGCGGAUGAGGCCACUGAGGAUGCUCACCCCGAGGCUGUGGAUGAUGCUUGUAUUGGUUGGAAUCUAUAUAGGUGUGCUUGGGGCCUAGUCCGCUGUCCAAAUCUCGAGAUUAGAGGGCCCCAAGUAUCAUUGUUUGCAUGAUAAUAUUGGCACUGUGAUUUGAUUGGUGAAUCGAAUGGUUUUCGGAUUAUUGCAUGACAACUUGAUUAUAACUAGGACAACCUAUGAUGAUGACUGAGACGUGCGGUAGAAUUGUGUAGGAGUUCAAAUUUUCAACUGUUUGCUUACCAACUGUGACUUGGAUUGAUCACUUGUUCUUGCUAGUCGUUUAUGCAUCUAGUUCAGGGAAUCAGAAUGAGAGAUAGAGCAUAUAGGUAGCCAUGUCAGAUGUGAGCCUGGUCGUUUCUUUCUUGUGCGAUAGUUCCCUCUUCCAUGAUGUGUAGCAUUCACGUUGUCACUAGCUAAGAUGAUUGAGGUACAGGAUUAGCCCACGAUCAAAUUGACUAUCCUCGUGUGUCAUACCCCCUAGUCAGCCCCUUUGAGCCGUGUACUUUUCUUUCUUUCGGUCUACAAUGGAAAAUCACCCUUUUGCAUCUCUUAGAAGGUUCCACGGAGUGGUUUUUACAUGUUCUCUGCUGUUUCUGCUAAAUAUAAUGUGAGGGUUGGAGGUCGUUCUUAAAAAGAUGGACAUGUGUUUUAAAAAAUGUGCAUAGGUGGUGGUUCUCUCAAGAAAUGAAAAAAAGGGGGAAAAAAUGAGGAAUGAAAGCAGAAGAGAGCCACCACCAAAAAUCUGAAUAGUGCCCAUUAAGUAGUGUUUGUUAGCAGUCUGGCUUGGAAAUACUAACAUUUAUGUGACCUCUUUCGCUCUUGUGCUCUAGAGAAUUUGAGUAAUGCAGAAUGGCAGAAAGAAAGUACUGGUUUGAUUGGUUGUGAACGUGAUGGGUUUGGAAUUGUGGAACCUUGUGCUAUGAAUACUUCCACCAUCUAAAAGGGAUUUUCCCCAUGUCCAAGACCCUAGCCAGUCAUCCGAACCUGUGUCUAAGACCUCCGGAUUUGAUAGUGUUGACACCCCAUAUGUGAACUCUAACAUUUAGAGGUUGCCGUCAUGGUGAAGAGACGUUAGGGAUUGAGAGAAUAAGCAUGCGCAUUUUUCGCAUCAAUUGUCCUGACCCCACUGGUCGAGAGUGAGCGAUUCAUUUUCUCAUAUUCUCUAUACUCUUUUACCCCGUCGAGGACCUAGAUUGCUCGGUCUCAAUUCUGAUAUCUUGAGUUUUGUGCAUGAGGUAACUGUCUUGAGUAAGUGGUUGAGUUAAGUCUAUGUUGGUUGAUGAACAGAAGGGAGACUCCUCCUUUACUCGAUUUUGCUGCACUCGAAUGUCCUCUGUGGUGGUUGUCCAGGUUGCUGUUGAAGUUGUUCAUGUGUUGAUGUUUCAAAGCCAGUACGAUUCACGUGUUCUGUGCCUAUAUGAAUUGUCCCCAAUGUUGGUAUGAUUGAAAUAUGUUGAGCUUACCUUGUAUCUGACUUGGUUUGCUUGGGGACAAGCAAACGGUUAAGUGUGGGGGAAUUUGAUGACUUGAUAUAUACACAUGUUUUUGUCCACCAUUCUUACACCGUUUGAGUCUUAUUUCUCGUGUUGUAGGCCGAUUUCACGCUAGGUUGUUCUUGUUUGUGAUAUUUCAGGUCCUAGUACGUGAAUGAAGGAUUGUAAACGUG